GGUCUAUAAUAUUGUCAUAAAGUGAACAGUAAACAACCGUGGUAAAAUGAGAGAACUUUUAAUAGAUCACAAAUCAUCUCCAUCAAUAAAAUCAAACAGUAGAAUGACAAAAUUGAAGGCGCAAAAGAGUAUAACAACAAUUUUGGACGGAAAAAGCGUUUCCGUGGAGUUAUGCCCCGAUCGAGAAAUAGACUUUGAGUUGUUGUCAAAGCUAAACGUUAAAUUUUGUUCAGUAACUUGGUUGGGAAACUCUAAAGAGAAUUUCAAUACGCCAAAUACUAUUCCAGCGAUUUCAUUAGCAAAUCACUUGGGAUGUUUGGGUUAUAAUGUACUUUUACAUAUUACUGGAAGAAAUUUAAAUAGAACUGAAGCUGAAAUAAUUUUGAAUUAUGUCAAAGACGUGGGAAUUGUGAAUAUUUUAGCCUUGCAAGGUGAUCCAUCACAAAUUCUGGAAAAGGACGAUUCAAAAUGCGAUUUUCCUUACGCCGCAGAUUUCGUUAAAUUUAUUAAAAACGAAUAUAAGAAUAUUUUUUGUGUUGGAGUUGCAGGUUAUCCUCAAAUUCACCCCAAUUCCAUAAAUAAGCAUCAAGAUUUGUUACAUCUUAAAAAUAAGGUUGAUGCUGGUGCUGAUUUCGUUCUCACACAAGCUUGCUUUUCGCAAGACCUAUUCAAAAACUUUGCAUUAUCGUGCAAAUCUUAUAACAUACAUACCCCAAUUAUUCCAGGAAUAUUCAUAAUUAAUUCGUAUAAAUCUCUUUUGGCUAUGGUUACUUUUUGUGGUGUUAAAGUACCGAAUGACAUUCUCAAAAAUAUGGAAACACACAAAAAUGAUGACAAUACAAACAACACAAUGUAUGGAAUUAAAUUAGCUCAAGACUUGAUUACAAGUUUAUUCAAUGAAUUUACCGACAUACAUAUUUUUACACUAAACAACUUACAAAGUGUUAAUAAUGUUAUUUGUAAUUUAAGUUUCACGGAUCAGUAGUAGAUUUCUAUUAUUUCAUAACGAUUAAUAUAUCUAAAAAUAUUACUAUAUGUCAGUCAGUCAGAUACUCCAUCCAUAUCCACUCUAGAAUGUUUGUCGGUUGCUUGUUUAAUGUACUGGAUCUGUUAGUUUAAUUAUUUUCGUAGACUUAGACUUCUUAUCGAGUUAAGGGGAAGGAAGAGAUGUCCUAAUAAGACAAUAAAAAUGGGUCUAAAUAAAAAAUAUAUUGUUUUAUAUACAAUUUA